AGCUUCCGAGCAAAGCCAUAGGCACUUGAAUAGUCCAACUUUUAAUGUAUUCAGCCUGAACCUAGCCAGCAUAGCCUAUCUAGGCGGGCUAUUUGUUCACACUAGCUAUUCCUUUUCUGUUUGUCGAUUCUAUUUUAAUAUAUUUCUACCGACUGAGGAUUUAGUCAAAUCUGUAGGCUGUCGAACAGAAUAUUACUGUGAGUCACAACUUUUAAAGGAGGCUCACCUGGACACGUGGGAAACUGUAUGGACCAGGCCUAAGAUGAAGAGUUUUAAAGCAAAGUUUAGGAAGAGCGAUGCCCAUGAAUGGAGCAAAAAUGAUGAGCGCCUCAUGGCAGCUGUGGAACAUGGGGAGGUAGAGAAGGUGGCCUCCCUCCUCACCAAGAAAGGAGCCAGCGCGUUCAAACUGGACAGUGAGGGCAAGUCAGCUCUCCAUGUGGCUGCCACCCGUGGUCAAACUGAAUGUCUGGCAGUCAUGCUGGCCCAUGGAGCAGACACAUCUGUCAUAGACGCCUCAGGUUUUAGUGCUUUACACCUCGCUGCCAAAAACAACCAUCAGGAGUGUGCCAAAAAGCUUAUACAGAGUAAAUGUGUGUUGGAUACUCUGGACUGCUCAGGGAAGACAGCCCUUCACCACGCAGCUGCCAGUGGAAACAUUGUGAUUGUCCAAACCUUAUGUGAGCGCAAGUGUCCAGUGAACGUCAGAGACAUGGAUGGCCUCAGCCCCCUGCUGCUGUCCGCCAGACACGCCCAUGCUGAUGUUUGUAGCAGCCUCCUGGACUGGGGAGCUGACGUCAACGCGUGUGAUAAGAACGGCAGGACAGCAGUGAUGCUGGCCAGUGAGAGCAGCAGUAUGUCUGUAGUGGAGGUUCUGGUCCAGAGAGGAGCUGUUCUUCAGGCUGUGGACUCUUUGGGUCACGACGUUCUGCACUACGCCAAGCUGUCUGGCAGCAGUGAGAUCAGGGCCGUCCUCACUGCCGAGUUGCACAGUGCACACUCAGACAGCGACACCCCAAAGUCCCCCAAAUCUCCUCAGCAUGAUCAAGUGGCUAGGUUAGGUGGCGAUCGAAGCACAACUCCCAAAAAACGAAAAGCACCUCCACCUCCCAUUAGCCCUGUGCAGAUGUCUAGUCCCAACUCUCCCGCGUACAUGACCCCAAAUGAAACUCCAGUCUCCAGUAAAAGUUGUGGAUUUAAAACAUUUAAUUAUAAGGAAGGGGAGUUGCAUGGCAUGUCUCAGAGGGAGGAUGUAGAGAAGCUACAUGAGGAGAAGUGCAUGCUGCUGGAGACUAUUGAGAAUCUGAAGCAGAUUGUGGACCAGACUGUGACUAUAAACCAGACUGAGACGGAGCCGGGGCAGGAGCCCAAGGCAGAGGACUGUGGGAAGGCAGACUCAGCUCUGGUAGUGGCACUACAUGCCAAGAUUACAGCUCUGUCUCUGGAGAACCAGCAGUUAGCCCAAAUACUCAAGAAGCGUCCGUCUCCCCAGGGAGGUGAGGUUAGCCAAGAGGACUCGUCCCGCCCCAACAGUAUGAACUCUAAUGCCUCCUACCACAUCACCCACAAGUCCCCCAGCGAGUCCCUGCUCCAGCCCCAGGGGACUGAGGAGGAGGACAUGUCUGAGGGGUCUGCCCUGGAGCUCAGUAGCUCCUCCGUGAGACAAGAGGAUGAAGAGAGUGGGGAGCGAGGGAAGGAGGGAGGCGAGGAGGAGAUCCUACUGCUGAGGGAGACCCUAGGGAGAGUCCACUCUAAACUGCAGGAGACGCAGAAGGAGAACCGCACGCUCCAUGCCAGGCUCAAACCUGAGCAGGGGGAGGUGACAGGGAGGGAGGGGGAGGUGCUGCUGGAGAAUCUAGCAGAGCUCCAGGCCAAGCUGACGGAGACACAGGAGAAACAUCAGCAGGCCAGAGAGGAGGUGCUGGCCCUCAUGGCACAUAUUGAAAGAGGAGAUGGUGGAGGAAUUGAAACGACAGAGCAAGAGCUCCAGAGACUGAGAAGCUCUCUGGAGCAGGAAGUGAAAGAGCUGAGGUCCCAGCUGGCCCAGUCAGAGCAGCAGAGGGAGAGUGAUGUAGGCCGGAUCAGAGAGCAGGAGGCCAGGCUGAAGGCAGCAGACGACAGUGGAGAUCGGGAGAAGAGCCUGCUGGUGGACCGGUACAAGGAGGCGCAGGAGGAGAUCAGGAUGCUGCAGGAGGCUCUGAGGGGGACGGUCCCCGUGGAGGCUGCAGCUAAUGACUUUGAGGAGAUGAAAGGUGAGCUGGGGAGCGUGAUCGAUGGGCUGCAGCGCCGCCUGCUGGAACUAUCCAAGUCCUACAGUGAGGCCAAGAGUGAACUGAGCUCCACCAGGAACCAUCUGGAGGAGAUCCGGGCUGUCAAGUCUAAGCCUGGCAGCCCUGUAGCCUCCCCAGACAAGGAGCAGGCCAUGCUGAGAAGCAGAGUAGAGGAGCUGCAGGCAUCGCUAGCCGACACACAGAGCAAGUACUCAGCCUCUCUGGAGGAGAUUGCCCUCCUGAAGCAGGAGGCUGAGGCUCAGGAGUCAGUGGCGUUAUCUGACCACACCCAGAUGGUGUCCUCUCUAGGGUGCGCCAUCAAGGACUUGGAGGCCCAGGCAGAUACUCUAAGACAACAGCUGUCCCAGAGGACCUUGCAGGUGGACACCCUACAGAACAGACUGACCAUGGAGAAGGACCACACACCGGAUGACUCUAUAUCACGGCUGGAGCACGAGCAGAUGAGAGAGGGCCUGGAGAAGGAGGAGGGCAACCUGACGCAGCUCCUCCAGGGGGCCCUGAGGAAGCAGGAUGAGAUUGCUCUGGAGGCGGCUGCAGCGUGGCAAGAACUGAGGGAGGGGAGGAGUGAGAGGGAGGCCCUGCAGGAGCUGGCCAUCAGCAGGGAGAAGGAGAACCACACUCUGAGCACCAAGCUCAGAGAAGCUCAGGAUGCAAUUGUUCAGCUGAAGAAACUGGUGGAGGAACAUGUCAGCUCAGAGAGAGAGAAGAAUAAGAAGAUUGAUGACCUGUCGAGAGAGGUGGGGAAGUUAAAGGAUGCCUUAAACAGCCUAUCCCAGCUGUCUUACAGUGCAGGCUCAGCUAAGAGACAGCAGACCCUGCAGCAGCAGCAGCUGGACAACCUACAGCAGCAAGUCAAGCAGCUGCAGUACCAGCUAGGGGAGUCAAAGAGGCAGCACCAUGAGAUAGUGUCCGUCUACAGGAUGCAUCUCCUAUACGCCGUCCAGGGUCAGAUGGAUGAGGAUGUUCAGAAAGCCUUGAAGCAGAUUCUGAUGAUGUGCAAGAUGCCAACAGAAGCCAAAUUAAGUGUCUGAAAUGGAACAGCCUAUCUGUUUACUGACCAUGCGCACGUGCGCCCAUCAAAAGCAAAGAUAAUGAUAAAAAUAAAAUACAUUCUUCAUCUGUCUACAAAUGUUGUCAGCAGGGAGCUAUGAAGACAUAGGUAGGAUGGUAGUCAAUAGAUUCGACUGCCAUCCUACCUUUGAACUAGCAGUGUUCGUUUUGUAAUGUUUUCUAGUCUGGCUAACACCUAACUCGAAGUCCUCCUGACUUCACAGUGUAAAAAGGCUAUUUUGAUGUUGUCGGCACGACCACUCACAGCCCCUGAGCGCCGUCCCUUCCAAUACAACUGUUGGAUUUUCAAAUCCAAACAACGUGAGUCUCAACCCCCCAGGAAAGAAGCCAUUUUUGAGGGAACCAAUCAAAGCUCAACCCAAAUACUGCAUUUACAAACAGACUCCUCUCCAGACCAUUGUGUCACAGCUCUCUUUCGGCUUUGUACCAUGUGAGUCGCGUCAGCCAGGCUAAUGGUGUUCAUGAUAUAAUCAAAAUCUUUUUUUAGAUCUCUGCAUGCAACUUCCAAAAUCAACCAAAGAAGAACACUGCUUUAGCGACAGAAGAACAACGCUUUAGCGACACUUCAAAUUAUAAAAGUAAUAUUUUCAAAUAUAUGCAAGAUUUUUCAAGAUACAUUUAUAAAUUAAAACAAAGGUUGGCGGUUGUAUUUUUUAACAACCCUAUUUGGUGGUUUUUGUAUGAAUUCAAUAUUGUGUGUAGGCCCUUUUUAGUGUCUGCAAUCUGUGAAUGCCAAUUUUACCCAAUUGUGGGUUUUUGUCAUCAUUUACACCAUAUUCCUUUGGGAGUAUUUUUAACUCAAUAUGACUUUAUGAACCGAAUUGACUUUUAAAAUAAUGAAACCCACCUUUCGUUGCUUCAACAAUUAUACUCAUUGAGCAAUAAUCCAGUACUUGAAGGGUGAUGUGGUAUCAGAGCUCUGGGUAGUCUCUUUAAGGACAGAACAUACCCAUGUGACUAAUGCACUUUCCUCAUGCUGUCCUCCUGUUCAAACUCUAUGGUCUGCAAGAAUAUAUGGUCUCUGCAGAUUACCUGUUACACCCUUGUUUUGUGCCAGCUCUUUUUGUGUUGAAACCUGACAGAUUUGUCUUGAUUCUUGAAGGGUUUAAAAGUUAUAUUGCAGUGUUCUUCUUCUGUGCUUUUGUAAUAUCAUUAUAGUGUAAGCUGUAUCAGGUAUUGUUUCUUGAUUUUUUUGGGGGGAGGGGAUGAAACAUCCAACCAUUUCAGUGUUGGUAUGGCAGCAUGUGAGGCUCUUGGGAUGUUGAGCAAGUUGCUCAGCCUCAUUCAAUCCACUUCAUCCACCUACUUACUAUACCUGAGCAGUACAGUAUGUAUUGUAUUGCAUUGUGAAAUUCAUUACGCAUGAGUAAGAACUCUAAUCUCUCGAUGACAGAUGCUCAUAACAUACAGUAAAUGGUAGUAGCAUCUGUCCACAGACUGUAGGAUCUGAUGACUAACGAGAAACUUUGUACCGGUAUGCAGAUUUUAUGUCACUGAUCAUUUGGACAAAUCACGAUUUCGCAGGUACCCACAUCUUUAACAUUUCUGAAGGGGAGGGGAUAUUUGACCCCUAGACUUGCCCGAAACGGGCUGAGAGUUCAUGUAUAGAGGGGCGAAGACUUUGCUAGCCUCGUUAGUACCUUUUCUAACACAUCUCCCCCCAAAAUUUAAACAGGCAUCUGAUACAAUCACUCAAGAUUUUAGUACAGUGUGUCCUAGAUAAGUAUGGCUCUGGUGUGUCUGUGGUGCUGUUUAUUGUACUGUAUUACGUUUAAAUCAAGUGCUGUAUGAUUUCAUUAUAGCCUGAUAAGUGUAACAAUUGCACUAUUUCAGCCCUUCACUUCCACUGUUGUCCUCUACAAAUCAUGUCUUUUCAACAGCCUAGGAAAUCGGAACUCUUUUCAGUACAAGCAACUUUACGGUUGUACAACUGCAAUGUUACAAGGAACAAUGCAGCAGAUGCAUCCAAUGAUAAAUAACUGAGUAUGUUAGUGGGUUGAACACACAGGAUUGUCACAAUGACAUGGAAUGUGACAUACGGUGCCUUGCGAAAGUAUUCGGCCCCCUUGAACUUUGCGACCUUUUGCCACAUUUCAGGCUUCAAACAUAAAGAUAUAAAACUGUAUUUUUUUGUGAAGAAUCAACAACAAGUGGGACACAAUCAUG